UGCAGCCUCCACCCAGCCUCUCUCCAGCCACCCUCCGCGGCACUCCCGGUCACCUUGGCUAUCCCCUCAAGUGCCUCGCUACCAAACCCCUCCGUCGGAAUGUUGCAGCGUGUGGGUGCCCUACUGUAUCUCCUGGCGGCCGCCCUAGCUCACGAGGACACGUUUCUCGACAAAUACGCCUUCACAAAGGUGAUGCAACACUGCUUGGGGACCGCUAACUAUCACCGCCAAUUAAGGGAGGUGCGGGGCGCCAAGCUGACGUGCCUGCGUUAUCCACAGAACACCUUCAUCACCACCUCGGGCCACCACUUCUACUUCUACUCAGACAAGCGAACCAAGAGGGUUGUGACCUCCUUCCAUCCUCGCGAUUCCAGCAAGGACAUCUAUUACAACAGACUCCUCACACCCCACCUCUCCUUCCCCACGAGCGACCACUCAUCCACCACCACUGCUACCACCUCCCCACAGCAGCCAAACCACGUGGCGGGCGGACCUCUGUGGGACGCUGACACUCUGGCCCGGGCCGCUACUCACCUCAACGCCGCGCUCAGUAACUUCACGUGCGUCCUGGUGUCUAUCAAUGCAAUCGAUGAGGAACUUAGAGUGAAGCAAGACUCCUUCGUAAACCACUACUACUUGACCAUCCCCGACGACCAGCUAAAGAUAGACCUCAUUCAGAACAUAUACUACUGCCACGAGGCUUCGGAAGGUCUGCCUCUAGAGCAGGAGUACCAUUCGCCGCUCCACGCACGGCUCCACCGCCUCAUGUUUUUCCUCAAGUGCGAAAAGAGGAAGCGUCUCGCCGCCUGCCUCAAGCAUGACAUUCGUGCCAACCUGAAUCAGUUUAACCUCUCUGGGUUCCCCGGCUCUGGUUCCGGUUCUGAUGUUGCCGACGAAGUACUGGCGUUGCUAGUUGGCGCUGACGGCAUCAAGGAUCUCGACCUUUACUACUGAUGAAGCUUGACUUCUAACGCUGAUUGCUGCAUGGCCUCUACUACUUGUGUUAAUGAAUGGUUCCUGAUGCCUUUGACUGAUUCCCAACUUCUACUAUUUUUGACUUCGUUUGCUGAUAACUGAUUUAUAUAGCUGAUUUUCGAGCUAUGUGACUUUCUUGAUUCCUGCUUUCUACUCGUUAUCGGCAUUUAUUAUUAAUUUUAAACAUCUUUCAUCCUCUACUUUCACAAAUAACUAAUAACUACUGUUAAUGACUUUCUAUCCUCGUGACUAAUUGAAUUCCAGCGGCAUUAUUACUAUCGGUUCAUAUAAUGAUUCGAGGGCAUUUUUUUACUGGAGUAGUAGUGACCUUGCACUGACUCCCGGCCCAGUAAGACCCUUCAGUGCUUCUCCUGUACCUGAACAAUAAAGUGUGCUGCAAAGGACGGCAAUUA